UUCUCUCCUUUAGAAGCUGGCAGUAGUUGCAGCAGGAGACUGGAAAAGUUUGGGGUUCUUCAAGUGCUGGCGCUUGUCGCUUGUCAGCCUUAGUGUUUCGCCAGCAGCAGCGUCGAGACAAGUUUCACGAUUGACCGGAACCCCCCAGCAGCAGCAGAAGCAUCAGAAAUAAGAGCUCGCCGCUCUUCUUUUCUCUCUCUCAAGUUGGAAAUAUACUUUUGGUUUAGACACGCGUCACUUGUAAACCCCUCGGGAUCAGCAGAAAGGCUUUUUUGUUCAUCCCUUUUUGGAUUUCACUUGUUGCUGUGGAGUUGAUUGCUUCUAAUUGACCACACAACAACAUGGACAGCAUGGUGUCGUGGACGAACGACACGGGAGACAUGCCGGACUUGAUCGUCAACGACUACGAAAUUCCUCUGCUGGGCGCGUUUCUCUUUUAUUUUGUUCAGUGUUUGUAUGGCACUGUCUUUGUCGUAGGUCUCAUGGGCAACACUCUCGUCAUCUACGUCGUCCUCCGCUACACAAAAAUGCAGACAGUCACCAAUUUGUACAUUUUGAAUUUGGCGGUGGCAGACGAAUGUUUUCUCAUCGGCAUUCCAUUUAUUAUGACGACAAUGGGCCUGGGAUAUUGGCCAUUUGGCAACGUCAUGUGCAAGAUUUACAUGACAACGACCUCGGUCAAUCAAUUCACAAGUUCCUUGUUGUUGACGGUUAUGAGCGCUGAUCGUUACAUAGCCGUCUGCCAUCCGAUCGAUGCGGCCACAGUCCGGACACCUUUCUAUGCCAAAGUCGUGUCCAUGACAACUUGGGGCAUUUCUUUCCUCAUGAUUGUGCCAAUUUUUUUGUACGCCCACACACAACAAGUUCAUUCGGACUGGGCCAUCGGCAGCAUCAACGAUUCCGGGGUGGUCGACACUUUGUAUUGGUCAAACGGCUCGGCCACGACCAUCGCUUCCUGGAUCACCAACAACACGUUGGCCAUGUCGUCUAUCCUAACCGGAAGUAGCCUCGAGGAUGGGACCGAGUUUCAUCCGACAAGUCCCAUCGUCAGCUGCAACAUUUACUGGCCAGAAAACGAGUACAUGAACGGACAGGCCGCCUUCACCCUCUACACUUUCACCUUGGCCUUUGCCAUUCCACUCAUCCUCAUUUUAGUCUUUUACAUCCUCGUCAUCAGGAAACUGAAAACGGUGGGACCGACCAACAAAUCCAAGGAGAAGCGCCGCUCCCACCGCAAAGUGACCCGACUGGUCCUGACAGUCGUCACCGUUUACGUCCUCUGUUGGUUACCUUAUUGGGUUUCCCAAGUGUCGUUAAUAUUCACUCCACCCAAAGCCUCACAGUCUCCGUACAUCGUGGCCAUUUUCCUGCUGGCCGGUUGCCUGGGCUACUCCAAUUCGGCCGUCAAUCCAAUCCUCUACGCUUUUCUAUCCGACAACUUUAAGAAAAGUUUCAUGAAGGCGUGCACGUGCGCUGAGCGGAUGGAAGUCAACAAGGCGCUGGCCGGCGAGAACAGCGUCUUCACACGUCGCGGACGCAACUCGGAACGCACUUUUGGUCACAACGACUCACUGCGAUCCCGAGUUCCACCAGUUCCUGGGCCAACAGGCCGGUCGUACGGCCCUCAGGGAACAAUUGAGCUACCGAAUCCUAUUCUCGCAACAAUCCAACAGGAAAUGUGCGUGUCUUUCGUCAACCGAUCUGACGACGAGUGUUGUAACGGCAGCAGCGCUGAAAGGGAAAUUCCAGAUGUCGCAAACGGUUCGCUGAAAAUGGACGAGCCUUUCACCAAUGGCCGGAAUUCAGCAAAAUCAGAUGGUAAACAAGUAACAAUCGCUUCAUCGGGAACCGUGGACUCGGUGAUUUCCUGUCAGCACAUCACCGUCCAAGUCAACGGGUCCAGCGAUGUUCUUCAUAGUGACCUCUAAACUGCGGAUUGACCACAAAGAAGCCGGUCGCUGGAUAUUAUAGCAAAAGCCUCAACACCACAUAAUCUCUUCAUCAUCAACUUCCCCCUUCUCUGGUGAACCGUUCGCAACUGAAUCACCAUAUAUUGAUCCCGUUUUAGUGGUCCAUCAACUUCCUGUUCUGCUAUAAUUGACCCAUUUGUGUUUUGAGAACGAAUAAGAACACGACCAAUUUUUCAAUUAUAUGUCACGUGAAAAUGGCUUUUUUCGGAGAUGAUGAUUAUGCUGUCCUCCCUGAAACUACCCUCAUCUAUUACAUGUCACAUUUCUUGUCCUCUUUAUAUAUACGUCUGUGUGUACAUUCAUCCAAUUGAUCACGCGAUCGAAAUGUAAAUAUUCAACGUUUAUUUUCUAUUAUAUCCCGCCGUGUACAUAUUUGCUGCUAUUUUACUCAUCUCCUCCUUUUGGGUAUACGUAUUGAUCGCUUGUCUCAUAUCCCUGCUGGACCCGUUUGGUGGCGGCUUCUGCUGUCCUCUUCGUCGAUUCCUUUUCAUUUUCUUGUUGACCAUUCGCACGGGUUUAUCGACAACCACGACACAUAUUUUAAGUGAGUGAAGCAAAAUCAAUGUCGUGAUUGCCGAAAAACCAAUCAUUGCCACUGUGUUACACGGAAAUGAAUCGAACCCCCACCUCCUCCCAGUUCCAUAUAUUAUCGCAGGAAGUCACUCUGUAUAGCAAAAAGCACCAAAGUACUACUACUACCGGGCGUCCGAUGGCCUACAAACAAGUUAAACGCGCAGCGUGUGUGCACGUCACAACUGAGCCCGUAAUUGUGCACACAUGCAGUGGAUCUCACACGGCUGUCGGAGCCAUUUCUUCUUUAUUUUUUUGUUUUUCGUUCAAGACCCAUACCCAUACACAUCAAUUAUACUUCCUCAUCACGUUCCUCCCGCGUUCAAACAGUGUAUAAACGUAUAUAUACAAAAAAUCCAUCAUCAUUUCGUUGCACUUUUAUGUGAAAAACUGUUCCACCGUACGUACUACGUUAUAUUCAUGUCUUUAUUGUUUCGUUUGGGCAACGAGGAUAUAACCGUCCCGUUGAAAUUGGCAAUCUAAUACAUCAGUACCUAAUGCCCCCCGAUGGCGGUGAAUACAGCAGCCUA